AGCAUCGAUUCUUUUGGAAUCGACUCCCCAUCAAUUUUCGGAGGGCUUUUGGACCCGGGAGGAGGAGCAGAGGGUUUAACGGGGUUAUGGAGCAGCAGAGAAAAUCACGGAGUGUCCCAUUUCAGACCUGAAUUCCGCUGAUCUCCCGCUUUUCAUCCAUAAAGAAGCGCAGUCUGUUACUCUGUCUCACGAUGUCCGUGGAGUCGUAGAGCUUCUCCUGCAGAGAAUGGCCACUGCAGCUGCGGAGUCCGAGCAGGUCGAGGAUGAAGAGCACUGGCUCUACGGGGAUGAAAACUCCAAGAAUCAGCCAGUAAACAAUGAAACGAGAGAGACAGACCCUGCUCCUGAGAGCAGCACCAGCACGGAGGAGAAAAAUGACACAGAGCAGGCAGCUAAAAGUGCAGAGGAUGAGGAAGAGGAGGAUAGUGACAGCGAUGAUGAAGAUGACGUCAAGGUCACCAUUGGCAACAUCAAGACGGGGGCUCCGGCUUACAUGGGGUCUGGAAUGAAUCUCAGCAUUAAGCCAGUGCGAGGAUAUGGAGUGGCAGCUACAAAUAAACUUCAGUGUAAAGGUGUGGACAUAGAGUCGCUGAGUGGCUUUAAUGGACUGCAUGCAGUUGAGGCGGAGGCUGAUACAUAUGAAGACAAACCCUGGAGGAAGCCAGGUGCUGAUCUGUCUGACUAUUUUAACUACGGUUUCAAUGAAGAGACGUGGAAGGCGUACUGUGAGAAGCAGAGAAGGCUUCAGCUCGGACUGGACCCCUGCCUUCCUCCCAGUUUUGAGAACAAAAUUACAGUCCAGCAAGGCAGAACGGUCAGUUUGGAGAAGGAAGUUGAAAACUCUUCAGUCAAACUGGAUUUCAAGACUGACUUUACUACCCAGGCCAUAACAGCGUCCAGCAGGCUGAAAGCUGGACCUCCACCUAACAGGAAAAUGGGCGGGACAAUUGAUGUGAUUGGUGGACAGACGGGUGCCAUUCGCAGAGUUGAGGGCCGAAGAAGAGAGAUUCCAGAGCAGAAUCCUAUUCAGGUUCUGGGUGAUCAUGGCAACAAGUCACAGCCCCUGACUCCGCCUACAGCUCCACCUCCCCUCCCACCUAUAGGGGUUCCACCACCACACUUUCUGCACCGCCCACCUCCGGUCUCUGGUAUGCCCCCACCCCUGCAACCUCCAGGUAUUCCUCCACCUGCCCUUCCAGGUAUAUUCCCGCCGCCUCUCGUCCCUCCACCAAAUCUAAUGAUGCCGCCUGUGAACAGUCGAUGUCCGUCCUCAGGCUAUGCUAACAGAGCGCCUCCUCCUUUUGGAUACAGCAGUGGAGAGCCGAACUUCAUCAGCUAUCCUCCGGUCUCUUCCUCACACAUGCAGUGGGGUGGAGUGAUGGAGAAGAAUGCAGGAGGAGGAGGAGGACACUGGGAGCAUUCCCGACGAGAACGAGAGAGAGAGAGAGAAAGAGAGAUGGACAGAGAAAGAGAGACAGAAAGGAUGGAGCGAACGUCCGUCACAAAUGAGUAUAUUGAGGAGGAGCGCUAUCGCUAUUACGCUCGCGAGAGCGAGAGAGAGUACGAGCGCUUCCAUCACCCUCGCGACAGCAGCCGGGGGAGAGAGGAGCACACCGGGAGAGAGAGACGACACAGAGAGAAGGACGAGAGCGGGAAACACAAGUCUUCCAAACGCAAACAGCACGACGACGACGGAGACGGCCACCGCAGACACAAACACAAAAAGAACAAACGCAGCAAAGAAGAGAGAGCAGCGGAGGACGCAGGUGGACCAGGAGACGAACACGAACACAAGGACUAAAUACACCACCAGCAAAGGCUGAUACUUAGAAGUUGUAGUGAACCAAGCCUGCUGCAGUUUUAUAUGGAGUAUUUCUGACUGAUGUCUGACAGAUUUCCUUCACUUUUAUCAGUUUAAGAAUGAUUUCAGAUGAUUUCUCUCCAUCUCAAACAGAUAAAUUGUGUGGAAAGUGCAGAUUCUAAUCUUUCAGUCCAAAUCUCAUUAGUGUCUGUAAGUAGAAGAGAGUACUAUAGUACCAUCUUGUUUCUGAAACUUUUUGACUUUAAAACAAAUACUAAAUAAUACUAUAAUAAUAAUACAACUAUAUUACAAAUUUUUCAAUUGCAUAAUUGCAUUUAAAUAGAGCAAACCAACACUGAUUAUUCUCAGGAUUCUUCCUUCCUUCAGGAAUCGGCGUUGGUAAUGACAGAUAAUCUAAAGAUACACGUGUUUAAAAGUUUACAUAUUUUUAUUUGAUUGACAUUCUGUAUUAACCAGUUCAAGUCAGCGCUUUUUUCUGAUUUCUUUGGAAAAAAAACAAAAACAUGGCACUAAUAUUAGUGAUGCACCAAAAUGAAAGUCCUUGGCCGAAACUGAAAUUUAAGACACGCUUAUUGGAAAAAACUAUUUGAUAAAUUCAACAUACUAUUGAAAAUGGACAUAUUAAAAUUACUACAGUAUGUAGACUACAUGUGCCAAUCCAACCUCCUCAGCAACAGAGAAUGGUUGUCCAUUUAAGGCAUUGAAUUCCAUUAUUUUUCUGGUAUUCUUCACACUUCGGCUGUCGUUUGUGAAUUUUUUCAUUUCAAUGGUUGUGUCUGCAGAUUUGGUGGCACAGUGGAUAGCACUGUCACCUCACAUGACAUGAAAGUGUAAUACAAAUAAGCAAUUGGAGUUAAAAAAGAAAUCAUGGAAUCAAUUUAUAGACCAAAAUGUAUUCUAAAUGUUUGACUCAUCAAAGUAGCCAACUUUGGCAGAUAUAACAGCUGAACACACUCAUUGCAUUGUUUCUACAAUAGAAAUCAAAUGUUCUUCAGAAAGUUCUUCCCAAAUCUGUUGCAUACGUUCCCAUAAAUAAAUUUCACUCUUCUGUCCAGUUCAUCCCAAACCAGCUGGAUGGGGUUUAAGUCUGGAGAUUGGCCACUCCAUGUUUUCAAGUUGACCAUCUUGUUCUUUUUUCCUGAGGUAGUUCUGGCAUAGCUUGGACUUAUGUUUUGGGUCAUUAUUUUGUUGUAGGAUGAGCCCCUGGCCAACUAGGCACAUACCCGAGGGUAUUGCAUGGCUCUGCAGAAUGCUGUGGUUACCGUUUUGGUUCAGGGUGCCUCUCACUCUGUACAAGUCACCGACCCUGGAUCCAGCAAAACAGCCCCAGACCAUCACACUUCCUCCUCCAUGUUUCACAGUUGAUGUCACACACUGUGGAACCAUCCUUUCGCCUACUCGAUGGCGUACAAAGAUCUUGCGUGAUGAACCGAAGAUUUCAAAUUUUGAUUCAUCAGUCCAUAAUACCUUCUUCCAGUCUUCAGUAGUCCAAUGGUGGUGUUUCAUUUCAAGCUAUUCAUUGGAGUUGAACAACUUGAAUUGCAAUAAAUAACUGUUCUAAAACUUUUGACCGGUAGUGUAUAUGUCUGUGUCUGACCUGUGAUGUACAGGCAACCUGUCAUGGGUGUAUGCUGCCUUCUGCCCAAUGACAGCAGGGAUAGGCUCCAGCUCUCCCUGCAACCUAGAAGGAUAAGCGGCUUAGAAAAUGUGUGUGUCUGCAGAUUGCGUCAGCGUGCUUACAGAGAGUCUCCAUUUUUCUUCUUUCUGCUCCCUCUUGAAACGUAGAAUGAUCAGUGAUUGCAGAUCUCAUCUGAUGGCUGAAAUUUUCACUAUUGAUCUGCUGUUGUACCGCUAAGGCAACAAGGAUCAUCUGAUAGUGUGUUUGAUCUACGGUGAUGCCACAGCCAUCUGUAACCUGGAGAUAAUAAUUCUCCUCGCUCUUUCCAGGUGGGUAGUAUGGUCCUCCCACCUGGUUGGGCUUCACGUAUCUCAGAGGAUGCUCUUGCUAGUCACCCGACCACUUGAGGUUUGGUGGGGCAUGACGAUUUGCUAGUGGGGCAUUACCCCACUAAAUGACCCCCUGUCUCCGGAGUUGGGAUGGUGUACUAUCUGCAAAUUCAAAUCAUAAUAAAAUAUCUCCUCUUCUACUUAUAAACAAUUGUGGUAUGAAUUCUGCGCUCCACACAAUUUCUUAGUUGUUGAGGUUUGCAAAUAAUUCUUAUAAAAUUACAACAUGCUGGCCAUAACUACACCUUCUAGGUGUUAUUAUUGUUUUAGAGUUAUAUUUGAACGUAGAGAAAUGUUUUUGUACGUCUAGAAUCAACAAUGACAGUUACUGAUGUCGGUAAUUUAGAGAGUUAGCGCUGAGAAUGACUGUGAAAACCAAUAUUGUUCUAAAGCAAUGUUUUAGUAUAGAGCUUUUUUAGACUUUUCCUUGGGCAUUCUAGUUUUGUUGACGUCUUCCCAAGCUCUCUGUCUGUGACUUUUUUUACUCAUAACAAGUGUCGACAGACUGUUUAUUGUAAUUGUAUAUUGACACGUUUUUCAAAUCUCACUUAGUCAAAUGAGAGACUUUAAAUGAAAGGCUUAAUGGUGGCUGCUAUUAUUGUUUUUAGCUAUAUGACGAACAUUUUGGCCAUUUUUAUAGCUAUACAACAUCAGCUAAAGCAGAUAAGCAUGUCUGUUAGAGAUAAUUGCGGUAUGCGAUUUGCACGAUGCUAACUGCUAAUUCCAUUACUUGUUCAUUACAUUAGCCUCGUAGCUCUAGUGAAAAGCAAAAUAGGCAAACUUCAGACUUUAGAAAUAUCUUGGCUUGACUACAUUUAGGGUAAAACUGUGUGAGUUUGAUGUUUUGCUGAUCUAUUCCGUUAAUUUUACACUCCAAACUGUAGCACUGUUUACUGAAAACUGCUGUUACACACUGAUCUGAUAUAGAUCAAACAUUUAUGUAUGUUUUUUGUAAUAUUGUGUCCUAAUUUGUGUUAUACAUGUAACAGGGAGCACUGUCAGUUCUACAUUGUCCAUGUCAUAUUAAAACUUCCAAUUUCCACACAGUUUACUGUGUGAGAUGUAAACAGAGUCAUUCAGAGUGGUUUGGUGUGAAAUGGUUUAGAUGUCUUUACAGUGGUGGUGAUAGGAACCAAGGGUCGCCAUGACUACAACACAAAUGUAAACAUUUUAUU